AUGGAAGGAGGGACCAUCAGGGGUUGGGAAACAGCAGACUAUCUUUUCAGUCAGGAUGCAUUAUGUCCUGAUACUAAAAGGAUAUAUUCUAGCAGAGACUACCUGUUCAAUAAGGUGACAGUCUUCCACAGCUGCUUGUUGUCUGCCUGUGAGAAGAGGAGGAGUUUUCAGUCUGUGUGUGUCGGCCACUAUGUGCUGCCUCCAUAUUCUGUCCAGGAAGAAGUAAGAAAUGCUGUUGGAAGGCUGAUUUGGGAAUGUGAUGAUAUUCAGGGGUCAGAGACUUUCAGUGAUGAUUCCGAAAAUGAACACAGUGACAGAGCAACAAGCGAAUCUAUCUCUGAAGAAUCACCAAUUGGACAACAAUGUGGAGUUCUAACCAUGCAUCCCUCCUGUAACAUGGUCACAGGUUUUGUAGACAUCGGCAGUCUCCCCAAUCGCGGCGUUUGUUUUGGUGACCGCCCCAGCUCCACAGGAAGACUUCGGCAGUUUGUACCUCACACAGUUGAAUGUCCAGUGUCUUUGCUGCACAAGUCUGACAUGGAUCUGGAUAAUCUCUCUGUGGUGCUGCACUCUCAGAAGGAUCUCCGCCUGGAACAGCGUCCAAUCCCAGAGCCAGGACCUAACGAUGUUUUGCUGCAGAUGCACUCUGUGGGGAUAUGUGGGUCAGACGUUCAUUAUUGGCAGAAUGGACGAAUUGGGGACUUUGUGCUCAAAAAGCCCAUGGUUUUGGGACAUGAAGCAUCCGGUACCGUGUUGAAAGUUGGCUCUGCUGUUAAACACCUUCAGAUGGGCGAUAGAGUGGCUAUUGAGCCUGGUGUGCCCCGAGAGAUGGAUGAGUUCUUCAAAAACGGCAGAUAUAACCUCUCCCCGACCAUUUUCUUUUGUGCAACUCCUCCUGAUGAUGGAAACUUGUCCCGUUAUUACACUCACAAUGCCAACUUCUGCUACAAAUUACCGGAUAACUUGACUUUUGAAGAGGGAGCCCUUAUUGAACCUCUUUCAGUCGGUAUCCACGCCUGCCGCAGAGCUGGGGUAACUCUGGGCAGCAUUGUGCUCAUCUGUGGUGCAGGUCCUAUUGGAUUGGUCAGUUUGCUUGUAGCCAAAGCAAUGGGGGCCUCAAAAGUUGCCAUCACAGAUCUGUCCUUGGAACGAUUGUCAAUGGCCAAGGAAUUAGGAGCAGAUUUUACAGUGACUGUAGCCAAAGAGGAUUCGCCGCAGUCGCUGGCGCAGACUGUGGGCGACCUGUUGGGAGCACCACCUACAAUGACCAUAGAGUGCACUGGAGUUGAGAGUAGCGUCCAAACUGCAAUCUAUGCUACACAGUCUGGAGGUGUGGUGGUGCUGGUGGGGCUUGGGAAAGAGAUGGUCACAGUUCCUCUGGUCAAUGCAGCUGCAAGAGAAGUUGACAUCAGAGGGGUGUUUCGCUAUUGCAACACCUGGCCCAUGGCAAUUGCGAUGCUGGCAUCUGGGAAAGUCAAUGUGAAGCCUCUAGUGACCCAUCGUUUCCCGCUGGAGCAGGCCCUCCAGGCCUUUGAGACCACCAAACAGGGCAUCGGGAUUAAGGUCAUGUUAAAAUGUGACAAAAAUGACCAGCAUGCCUGA